AUGCGCCGCCUUCAGCAGCAACUCGGGCACUGUGCUUGGACCGCGGGCCUGCUUUCGAACACCAGCCGACACGUGAACUUAUCAGCCAUAGGGGUAGACGUCGUGACUUUGCCGUCGCCGCCGUCAGAGCCUCCUUCUGUGCCUCUAGCCUCUGUCGCAACCACUUUUCCUGAUGUGCUGAAGGCUGCACCCGCUGCACCCGUGGCACCGAAGGUUGUACCCGCUGCACCCGUGGCACCGAAGGUUGUACCCGCUGCACCCGUGGCACCGAAGGCUGUACCCGCGGCACCGAAGGCUGCACCCGCUGCACCCGUGGCACCGAAGGUUGUACCCGCUGCACCCGUGGCACCGAAGGCUGCACCUGCUGCACCCGUGGCACCGAAGGUUGUACCCGCUGCACCCGUGGCACCGAAGGUUGUACCCGCUGCACCCGUGGCACCGAAGGCUGCACCUGCUGCACCCGUGGCACCGAAGGUUGUACCCGCUGCACCCGUGGCACCGAAGGCUGCACCUGCUGCACCCGUGGCACCGAAGGUUGUACCCGCUGCACCCGUGGCACCGAAGGCUGCACCCGCUGCACCCGUGGCACCGAAGGUUGUACCCGCUGCACCCGUGGCACCGAAGGCUGCACCUGCUGCACCCGUGGCACCGAAGGUUGUACCCGCUGCACCCGUGGCACCGAAGGUUGUACCCGCUGCACCCGUGGCACCGAAGGUUGUACCCGCUGCACCCGUGGCACCGAAGGUUGUACCCGCUGCACCCGUGGCACCGAAGGCUGCACCUGCUGCACCCGUGGCACCGAAGGUUGUACCCGCUGCACCCGCGGCACCGAAGGUUGUACCCGCUGCACCCGUGGCACCGAAGGUUGUACCCGCUGCACCCGUGGCACCGAAGGUUGUACCCGCUGCACCCGUGGCACCGAAGGUUGUACCCGCUGCACCCGUGGCACCGAAGGCUGCACCCGCUGCACCCGUGGCACCGAAGGUUGUACCCGCUGCACCCGUGGCACCGAAGGUUGUACCCGCUGCACCCGUGGCACCGAAGGUUGUACCCGCUGCACCCGUGGCACCGAAGGUUGCACCCGCUGCACCCGUGGCACCGAAGGUUGUACCCGCUGCACCCGUGGCACCGAAGGUUGUACCCGCUGCACCCGUGGCACCGAAGGUUGUACCCGCUGCACCCGUGGCACCGAAGGUUGUACCCGCUGCACCCGUGGCACCGAAGGUUGUACCCGCUGCACCCGUGGCACCGAAGGUUGUACCCGCUGCACCCGUGGCACCGAAGGUUGUACCCGCUGCACCCGUGGCACCGAAGGUUGUACCCGCUGCACCCGUGGCACCGAAGGUUGUACCCGCUGCACCCGUGGCACCGAAGGUUGUACCCGCUGCACCCGUGGCACCGAAGGUUGUACCCGCUGCACCCGUGGCACCGAAGGUUGUACCCGCUGCACCCGUGGCACCGAAGGUUGUACCCGCUGCACCCGUGGCACCGAAGGUUGUACCCGCUGCACCCGUGGCACCGAAGGUUGUACCCGCUGCACCCGUGGCACCGAAGGUUGUACCCGCUGCACCCGUGGCACCGAAGGUUGUACCCGCUGCACCCGUGGCACCGAAGGUUGUACCCGCUGCACCCGUGGCACCGAAGGCUGCACCUGCUGCACCCGUGGCACCGAAGGUUGUACCCGCUGCACCCGUGGCACCGAAGGCUGCACCCGCUGCACCCGUGGCACCGAAGGUUGUACCCGCUGCACCCGUGGCACCGAAGGCUGCACCUGCUGCACCCGUGGCACCGAAGGUUGUACCCGCUGCACCCGUGGCACUGAAGGUUGUACCCGCUGCACCCGUGGCACCGAAGGUUGUACCCGCUGCACCCGUGGCACCGAAGGUUGUACCCGCUGCACCCGUGGCACCGAAGGCUGCACCCGCUGCACCCGUGGCACCGAAGGUUGUACCCGCUGCACCCGUGGCACCGAAGGUUGUACCCGCUGCACCCGUGGCACCGAAGGUUGUACCCGCUUCACCCGUGGCACCGAAGGCUGCACCUGCUGCACCCGUGGCACUGAAGGUUGUACCCGCUGCACCCGUGGCACGAAGGUUGUACCCGCUGCACCCGUGGCACCGAAGGCUGCACCUGCUGCACCCGUGGCACCGAAGGUUGUACCCGCUGCACCCGUGGCACCGAAGGCUGCACCCGCUGCACCCGUGGCACCGAAGGCUGCACCCGCUGCACCCGUGGCACCGAAGGUUGUACCCGCUGCACCCGUGGCACCGAAGGCUGCACCUGCUGCACCCGUGGCACCGAAGGUUGUACCCGCUGCACCCGUGGCACCGAAGGUUGUACCCGCUGCACCCGUGGCACCGAAGGCUGCACCUGCUGCACCCGUGGCACCGAAGGUUGUACCCGCUGCACCCGUGGCACCGAAGGCUGCACCUGCUGCACCCGUGGCACCGAAGGUUGUACCCGCUGCACCCGCGGCACCGAAGGCUGCACCCGCCGCACCCGUGGCACCGAAGGCUGCACCUGCUGCACCCGUGGCACCGAAGGUUGUACCCGCUGCACCCGUGGCACCGAAGGCUGCACCCGCCGCACCCGUGGCACCGAAGGCUGCACCUGCUGCACCCGUGGCACCGAAGGUUGUACCCGCUGCACCCGUGGCACCGAAGGCUGCACCUGCUGCACCCGUGGCACCGAAGGUUGUACCCGCUGCACCCGUGGCACCGAAGGCUGCACCUGCUGCACCCGUGGCACCGAAGGUUGUACCCGCUGCACCCGCGGCACCGAAGGCUGCACCCGCCGCACCCGUGGCACCGAAGGCUGCACCUGCUGCACCCGUGGCACCGAAGGUUGUACCCGCUGCACCCGUGGCACCGAAGGCUGCACCCGCCGCA